AUGGAUUUUAGCCAUGCAUCCCACGAUAUUGAAUCCUUUGAAAUUGACGAGCUCCCCGGAUUAAUAAUACGGCACGGCCAAUACAAACUUGCACUUUCGAUUAAGUUUUCUUGCCAGCGGGUUCUUCGUCUCCAGGAUGGCGAACAAUUUGGAAUGGAAGGAAUCUCAAAUCACGUGUACAUUGAACCCGAAGAAUUCUCCAGCCAUAACAAGAUGCAUGAAAUUAUCGACCAAACUGUCAGGACUUGGCAAAUAUGUAAUUGUCGUCGGGAAAGUGUGAUUCAGAAUGUGAUUCAACGUGCACAAGAAAUUGCAGAACGAUUGUCUUCUAAUCACAGCGUUAUAUUUCUUGAUGUUAAAGCAAAGGUGGUUUAUAGUGAAAACCUUAUUCAUGAAUAUUCACGAAUGUACAAUGAGAUAUUGCAGCAGUCGAUAGAAGAAGAUAACGACUGUAAUAUGAUUCCAGCUACUGAUUCGUCGAUCAAAUCGCUUGAGAUGAAGAAAUUAGAUGACGAGAAUAAUGACUACGAGAGUUGCAGUAUAUGUUUGGACAAGUUCUACAAAGGAAUUGUAACUACGUGUAUGCCGUGCUUGCAUAUGUUUCAUAGUAAUUGCAUUACACAAUGGCUCAAGAUGAGUCAUUAUUGUCCAGUCUGCCGUUUUGAGAUGCCGAUCGACUGA